AUUUCUAACAUGUCGUACGCGUUUAUUAACAAGUUACCGUUAAUCAUAUAAAAAUAAAUAUAUUUAACGUGAGUUUAAAAAAAAAUGUGUCACGUGACCAAUACUUUUCAAAACACUCCACACUGCAGCUAGCUUACUUUCUCGCUGCGGACUGCUCGUCGGACAGGAAAAGAAAAACAGGAUGAUGAACAAUCUGCUUCUGCGUUCAUGAUGAAAUGCAGACAGCCGCGAUGGAUCCAGCCGAAGAGCCGCCGUCGAUGUUGUGGGGACUGGACCCCAUCUUUUCUGCCUUCGCCAGGCUGUAUGUCAGAGACAUCCUGCAGAUGACAGAGUCCAUACAGGUGCCAGGUAUUUACUUCUACAACAAGCAUCCCAUCUCCAAAGUUGAUGUACUUGGUACAGUUGUUUACAAGAGAGAAAGAGACGACUUCUUCUGUUAUGGAGUGGAUGAUGGCACUGGUGUUAUAAACUGCCUGUGCUGGAAAAGUGACCUGUUGAAAGAAGAAGGGGGUCCUACUAAACCAAAGAGUAAACACAGUGAUGGAGCUCAGGGAGGCUUCAACCCAGUCGCUGAGCUGGAGAAACUGAGACAGGCCCAGCAGAGCCGCUGUCACCUGGAGAUCGGAGAGCAACUUCGAGUCAGGGGACGAGUGAAGACGUCGAGGCAACAGAGAGAAAUCAUGGCCUCCACUUUCUUGACUCAGACAUCAGCUCCCUCAGCAAGGCAACAAAUAUCAUCAGGGAUUUCAUUAAGCAGAAGUCGGUGGCUAAGUUCAGACCACAUGAUGUUCAGGACCUCCUGCAGCCGCUGAUCUCCAGCCAACCUCAAACAACAUCAGCAGAUCAGGAGCCUGUGGCUGGUCCGUCUGGCUGUCAGCAGCUACGCCAGCUUCUGAAGGAGGUCCUGCAAAUAUUACAGGACGAGGGCACGGUGUUCCGCAAAAUAAAAUCCCAGGAUGAAGUCUA